GGGAACCUAGGCGCCUUUCCCUUUCGGGAAACUCCCCCUUCCCCUCCCUUCCCGCGGCGGCGGCUCUAAUCCCGCGGUUCGUUCUGGUGGCCCUGAUUUGGUGCGGGCGUGCCGUUCCGCUUCCCGGGCCGGCGAAUCCUCAACUCUCCGCUUCGUUUUGUGGCCUGCAGGUAGCCCGCGCGGGGCCGUGGUCCCACCUCUGCGGCGGGAUUCGUGGCCGGCGCGACUCCAGCUUGUGCUUGUGCUUGUGCCCGCCGACUCCAACUCGCGGCUACUGAAUCGUGAGGCGGAUGCUGCGGUGGGCCGUGAUCUUGUUAUCCCAAGCGCGUGGCUAGGUUUCGCGCGGGGAUGGAGGGGACUCGGGCGGCGGAGGCGGCCGGCGGCGGCGGGGAUGUGCAGGUUAAGGGCGGCAAGGAGAGCGGCCAGGCCGCGCAGCAGCAACAUCAGCAUCAGCAGCAGCAGCAGCUGCCGACGGGCAGCGAGCCGGUCGAGAUGCCCGCCACGCCGCUGCCGCACGCCCGCGAAAUCGAGUGGUCGGAGCAUUUCUCCUUCUUCAACUCCAUGGGCACCGGCACCGGCACGGACGGCGUGAUGGGGACGCCCAGCGUCGGGAUGUCGCGCUCCGAGUCGUCCAGGCCCGGCAGCGUCACCCAGCAGCAGCGCUGCCUGGCGGGCUGCAACGCCGACGAGAAGGUGGAGGAGCUCACCGUGAGGAACUGCAUCAGCUCUGAGGCCCAGCAGCCUGCUGCCUCUGCCGGUGGGAGCACUAGCAGCAGUGGGGACAGGCCUGCCGUUAUGCGGGGCCUCUGGGGUAACUUCACGCGCAUGGCCUGGAGGACCGCCGAUGCCGCUAGCAGGGAAGCCUUGGCGGUCAGCCGUGGUGACAUUGCAAACUUGAGGAAUGCUGAUCUGGUCAGCAGGGAAAAUUUGGCCGUCAGCCUUGGCAACGGCAUGGGGUCUCAGCACAUUGAUGCUUCUGGCAAUGGAAUGCCAUUUGGCCGCGGCGAAAAUGUUAAUACGGAGUUCAGUAUGUCAUUUGGUAAUCAGCAGCAGCAGCAUAUCUUGUCUUCACAGCUGAAUCAGAGCGAGCAGCAUAUCUUGUCUUCACGGCUGAAUCAGAGCGAGCAGCAUAUCUUGUCUUCACGGCUGAAUCAGAGCGAGCAGCUUAUCUUGUCUUCACGGCUGAAUCAGAGCGAGCAGCAUGACCUGUCUUCACGGCCAAAUCAGAACGAGCAACAUGUCCUGUCUUCACUGCCGAAUCAGAGCGAGCAGCAUGUCCUGUCUUCACGGCUGAAUCAGAGCGAGCAGCAUAUCCUGUCUUCACGGCCGAAUCAAAGCGAGCAGCAUAUCCUGUCUUCACGGCCGAAUCAAAGCGAGCAGCAUAUCUUGUCUUCACGGCCGAAUCAAAGUGAGCAGCAUAUCCUGUCUUCACGGCCGAAUCAAAAUGAGCAGCGGUCUGAAAGGGAUAAUGGUCUGAAAGUGAGUAGCUUCUCAAAUAGAAUUAUCGACCAGAUGAGGAGUAAGACUUUGACACCUUCAUCUGGGGUUCAGGGUUCCCCCUUUAAGCCUGUAUUGAAGGGUAAAAGGGUUACCUACCAAGGUUCACGCGAGGAGAUCCAAGUUCAAGCUAAUGCAAGACCCAGAGCCCCUAUGGAUAAGAUCCCUAAGAUUCCUAGCUCAACACACGAUUCUGUGGCCAGAUUGGAUGGUACACUUUUCAGCAGUGGUGGAAAUGUUUCCGAAUCUCAGUAUGAGGGAACGAGCCUGAGGGAACUAAUUAAGCCCGCACGCCAAGCGAUGAGCAAGUUUGAGAAAAUGCAGUUGUUCAAGCAGAUCCUUGAUCAUGUAGACAAAUCCCACGCACAGGGUGUAACCUUACAGCAGUUGCGACCGUCGUAUUUUAUAAUAUCAUCCCCAAACCAAGUAAGGUAUACCGGUUCUUACAGCAAACAAGAUUUAUCAACCCCAGCCAAACCGGAUAUGGCCGCAGAUGAUGUUUUUAACAGAAAACGAUGCUUCGAUCAGAAAACUUUGCACCAAGAGUGUAAUGGCAAUGGACAUUCAAUCCUGAAGUAUCAGAAGGUUGGUGAACAAGGUUCUGUUGCCGUCAGGCGACCGAUACAUCCCUUCCGGACUGACCACAAAGGGGGCAACCAAAGUGAAGGUGCUGAUCUAGGUGCUUUAGGACAGGGAAAUUCUAGUUGCACCGUCGGAGGUCGUUCUAAGUUUGGCGAACCUUACUAUGGCGGUAAUGCAUCUUAUGGCCAACGUUUUCCUAAUUAUGGCAACCAAGAAUCAGUACUUGAAUUGAGGAUGCUAGAAGAUAGCUGGUACAGAAGCCCGGAAGAGCUCAAUCAAUCGAAAGGCACAUUCCCAUCCAACAUCUACAGCCUUGGGGUUCUUUUAUUUGAGCUCUUUUGCUGCUGUGAAACAUGGGAGCUGCAUUGUGCUGCAAUGUCAGAUCUUCGCCACCGGAUCCUGCCUCCAAUUUUUCUUUCAGAAAGUCCCAAGGAGGCUGGCUUCUGCCUUUGGCUAUUGCAUCCGGAUCCUUUUUCUCGACCAAAAGCAAGAGACAUUCUAGGAUGUGACUUGAUAAAUGAGGGUCAGGAUUUGUCGGUGUUAGAUAAGGCGCCAGCUGCUAUCAAUGAGGAGGACACAGAGUCUGGUUUGUUACUGAAUUUUCUGUCUCAACUGAAAGAAGAAAAGGAGAUGCAUGCUGCCAAGUUAUCAGCAGAUCUUGCAAGCUUGCAGACUGAUAUUGUAGAGGCUGAGAGAAGACACUCGUUGAGGAUGGGGUUCAGUUUAGGGGACAUGGAUGUACCAGCAAGUUCUAAUGAUGUGCCAGGUACUUCAUCAAAUGCCCUGAGAGGGGCAUCGUUGUCAGGUUUGCUAACACCACCAGGCAGGUCAGGCAUAUACGAGGAGAGGGUGAUGAAGAAUUUGCAGCAGCUUGAAAAUGCAUAUUACUCCACGAGGUCCACCAUUGAAACAUCUGAGACUAAUGUAAUUAAGCGUUCCGAUAAUGAUGCUUUGAGGGUCCGUGAAAACUUUAACCACAGUGACGCCGAUGCUAUGAAUGGGCCAACAGACCGCCUUGGAUGCUUUUUUGAUGGUCUAUGCAAAUAUGCCCGGCAUAGUAGGUUUGAAGUACGAGGGAUUUUGAAGAAUGCUGAUAUACUUAACUCUCCAAAUGUGAUCUGCUCUUUGAGUUUUGACCGUGAUGAAGAAUAUUUUGCUGCUGCUGGGGUCUCAAAGAAAAUCAAAAUAUUCGAAUUUGAUGCUCUUUUAAAUGAUCAUGUUGAUAUUCAUUAUCCUAUAGUAGAGAUGCCUAGCAAGUCCAAGCUUAGUUGUGUCUGUUGGAACAACUAUAUAAAGAACUACUUGGCAUCAACAGACUAUGAUGGCACUGUUCAGCUAUGGGAUGCAAGCACUGGCCAAGGGUUCACACAGUUUACAGAGCAUCGGAAAAGAGCUUGGUCUGUGAGUUUCUCAGAGGUGGAUCCAACUAGAUUGGCAAGUGGGAGUGACGAUUGUUGCGUGAAAGUUUGGAAUAUUAACCAGAAAAAUAGCGUGGACACAAUCAGAAAUGUGGCCAACGUAUGCUGUGUACAGUUCUCGCCGUACUCCUCUCGUAUGUUAGCCUUUGGCUCAGCUGAUUACAAGACAUACUGUUAUGAUCUGAGGCAUACAAGGAUCCCCUGGUGUACCAUUUCUGGACAUGGGAAAGCUGUCAGCUAUGUAAGAUUCUUGGAUGCAGAAACGCUUAUAUCUGCGUCAACUGACAAUACCUUGAAGAUAUGGGAUCUCAACCGGACUAAUCCUAAUGGAUUAUCUACUAAUGCUUGCAGUCUGACAUUGAGUGGUCAUACCAACGAGAAGAAUUUUGUAGGCUUAUCCGUUCACGAUGGAUACAUAACGUGCGGUUCUGAAAACAAUGAAGUAUAUUCUUACUAUAAAAGCUUUCCCAUGCCAAUAACUUCCCAUAAGUUUGGUUCCAUUGACCCAAUAACCGGACAAGAGACGAAUGAUGAUAAUCAGCAGUUUGUGUCGAGCGUUUGCUGGAGAGGAAGGUCAAAUAUGGUGGUAGCCGCCAACUCUAGUGGGAGCAUCAAAGUCCUUGAGCUUGUUUGAACAAUCUGUUGAGCAAGUUACAGGAUGAGAAUAUCUAACUGGCUGUGGUUGCCAUGUUGCUUUGGCGACCGUAUGUUUCAUCAAGCAUUCUGCCUUGCCAACAACGAAGUGCCAAGAUAUAUCAAAGGCAGAGACAUCAAAAGCCGUGGAAAAACACACUUCCGCAGUUGAAGCAACCUACAAUUCUGACUAUUGAUGUUUGCUCGAAACCCCCUAUGAAGUGGGCGACUGGAGGGGGUGAAAGGCCUCAGCUACUCUGAAAGAUAAACUUUGUAAGGCGCUUUGACAUAGUAGUCAGCAUCUCAACGAGGGCCUAGGGCUAGGUUUCUGUACAGAUUUAGGGGCUUCAAAUGCCGUGUAUUUACUUUUGAGCUAGAGCCUUACAUGCUAUGUUUACCCGAUCUGAUCCGCAUCUCACGGGAAUCGACGCAGUUUUGAUGUGCAAUGACUAACAGUCUAGUAUGAUGGUCGGAGCAAAACUGCAGAAGGUGACAUUGUUGUCUGAAGGAGUUUAUCAUGCAUCCUGAUGUGUGCGAGUGAUGCAACGAGGGUUUGUGUAUGCCAAUUUUUUUUGUAGCCCCCUUAUUUGAAUAGAGUAAUAUAUAUAUAUGAUUACUGUACAUAACAAAAUGCCUGCCGAGUCCAGAAAUUCUGUGUCGAACAGAAGAAAAAUGAAUGAUUUGGACUCGGCGAUGCAAUAGUAUAUGUAUGAGUGUUGGCUGCCAUUGAUAGUUAUGUAAUUCACAUAUUUCUGUCUUGCGCGACCAACAAAAACCCUAUUUCUAUCAUAGAUAUCAUGAUUCUUUGAUAA